CUCGGUCCAGCACUUCCUCAGCCCCCCGCGGCAGCGGAGAUUCCCAUGAGCGCCUAGGGCUUCGGGAUGCAGUCUGUCCUCUCCUUCCGGAAGCAAGCAGAGCCUGCGCACAGAUCCUAGCAUCAAUAAUUGUCGCAAAGACCUAGCCCUUCCACCCUCCCCGGGUCUGUCCUGCAAGAGAAGGCGGACAGGCUGCACCGCAGGCCAAGUGGAAAGCGGCGGGCCACGCCAGUGCUCAGUCGCCCCAUUGUGUGAGCAUUUAGGGAAGACUUCUGGGUGCCACCGGUGUCUGGGGACCGCAGCCGUGGGCGCAUGGGUCGGGACUCGAAUCCGAACUUCAGAGGAGGGGCUGUGCUGCUAGACCGCAGCCGCAGGACCCUGAGUCGGAUGAACGGGGUUGUCCUCCCCAUCCAGUAGAGACCCGCCCACAGCCCGUGGAGCGCCCCGCCCGCCGCCCGCCCCCGCCAUCCGAGCCCGGCUCCGCCGCCUGGGAAUCUCCAGACUGUGGCAAUCUCCAGGACCUGAGGUUUCUGGAGCUCUUCGGGGUUGCUUCGCCCGGAGGAUUUUGCAUACCAAUGCUGAGGUUCCCGCGGCUGUGCCCUUUCCCUGGCUAGCUCCGUUGACUAAAACAGGCUCUUUCCCCGGCCGCCCGCCUGCCUCUAGACACCUGGCUUUCACAGCAGGCCUCUUUGGAGCCCUCAGCAGGUGUCUGCCGCUUCCAGCAUGAGGGUCUUCUUGCCUGUACUGCUGGCAGCCCUUUUGGGUGUGGAGCAAGCCCAUUCCCUAAUGUGCUUCUCCUGCACCGAUCAGAAGAGCAAUUUGAAAUGCCUAUGGCCAACUGUAUGCCCGAGCUCUGACAAUUACUGUGUCACAAUAUCUGCUGCCGCCGGCUUUGGGAAUGUCAACCUUGGCUACACCCUGAACAAGGGCUGCUCCGAAAUUUGCCCUCGUGAAAACAUCAAUGUCAACUUAGGUGUGGCAUCCGUGAAUAGCUACUGCUGCCAAAGCUCCUUCUGUAACAUCAGCACAGCUGGCCUUGGUCUUCGCGCCAGCAUCCCCAUGCUGGGCCUCGGGCUCCUGCUCAGCUUGCUGGCUCUGCUGCACCUGGAACCCUGACCAUCCCCGUGUGUUCCCCAUAUUCCCCCCAGCUCAGGAAGAAAAGCAGCCCCUUUUAGAUCCCAGGGGACUCUAGGAGCCUUCAGCUCCUCCUGGGUGUGUCUGAUCCCCCUCUACACUCUCUCGGCAUCAGGGCUAAGCACCAAAUGGACCCACAUCUGCUCUGUUGAAAUGGGACUAGCUACCCUUGUGUCCAGAGCCAAUCCUGUGACCUCCCUUGGGGAACCAGGAAAGGGGUGAAAAUCUUCCUUGGAGUCUCAGAGUCAGGCUUGAAUCCUGUGGACACACUGACAAGGAUGUGUAACCAAAUGAGUGUACACCUGUGUGCUCAGUGUGUCUGUGUGUGAACGAAGUCACUUGGAGUCUGGGAUGGGCAAAGGGGACCUGGAAGAUUCUAGAGCGGAAGGCCUCUGUCUCCACCAAAACUCCUUCCCCUGGCAUUAUGGUACCCAAGUUGUACCCAUUUCAGGAGGCAGCCCGUGGAGGACUGUCACUCCCAAUGAAGGCUCCCACCCCAGACCCAGUUGAGUCCCUGUCUGCCCUCUCUGCCCACACUGGCUUCCUGCUGCUAUUCUAGUGCCUCAAAUAAAGAGUUCCCACCCA